AUGAAGCCCGAUUACCGCCAUCCAACCGGAAAUCGACCAGAAAGCCAGGCAAAGCUGACCAAUCUAUUCUGGUUAAAAAAACCACCUGCCAAGUCAACCGGAAAAUUAUCCGGUAAGCCGGCUGGAAGGGUGGAACCGGAGUCAAGUGGUGAGGAUGAGAAUGGGGAUGAAGAAGGUGAUGCUGAAGUCCAAUCACCGCCCCUAGAGCAUCAAUCUAUUGGAAAGCGAAGCAGAGCAGUCAGAUUUCAUGCGGAGGAAAAUUCCAGCCCAUUGGUCAAGAAAUCUAAAUCAAAUGUCAUUGGGCGCAACAUACCACUGGAGGACAAUGCUGGCACUCCUUCAGCAGGAUCAUCCAGCAAUCAUUCUACAGCCCCACUGCCUCCCAAAACUGCAUUGAGAAGUAGCUUUGUUGGUCCUGCAUCAGCCGGUCGAAUGAAGAAGUCCGGUCAGAAGAUACCUGCACCUAAACCAACGGCUCCUUCCACAACACAGAGCACUGGUAAGAAAACUAAAACACAUGGAACUCCCAUUGAUAAGCCCGAGCCAAAGCACUCCACUAGAGCUGCCAAGCUGUCUUAUAAAGUUAAUUACAUGCAAAGAGCAUAA